UUGAAAUCAAUCUAUCAAACUUAAAAUUAAAAUCCCGUAUUCGUUAAACAAACUCAACAAAGAAAAUGUUAUGAGAAUCAAGUUAUCGUAAUAAUUGAGACUCGUUAUGGGCUUACGUAUCUUUCUAUUUUAGUAGUUUUAUUAAUUAGUUCGUAUUUCGUAUUAUUUGGGAUAUUAUAUUGUUUAAUUGUCUUAGUAGGAUUGUGAUUGCUUUUUAGUACUUGUUUAGUAUUUGGUUAUUGUUUCCUUCUAGCCUGUGGGAGAAGUAUUCAUGUCUUAGGUUGGAGAAAUGAUAUGUUUUAUGCCUAUAUAUAUGUACUUGUCCAUUCGUUUAAUAAUAGGAGAAGAUUGGAUAUCAAUAGUAGUUUGUAGUUUAUCCCUCUUUCGUCUCAAUUCUCUUCGUUUUUAAGUAUCUUUCUUACGUUUAUCUAUCAAUUACGACAACAUAAGUUGCGUGAAGGUUCCACUCGGAGAAACAAAGUUAACAGAAUACCACACAAAAUUUAGCAAAUUUUACUUAGUUAAUAAAUUUUUAAUUUGUAAUUGGGUUGGUCGUCUGAUACUCUGAUUAGUGAUUAGUAGGGAUGUCAACAAAACCCGAACCCACAGGUACCCAUUCGACCCAACUCGGUUAAUGAUGGUAAAAUUCGUAUUGAAGGUUUUUGGGCCGGGUUUGGGUUUAAACCCGUUCACUAUUCAUCGGGUUGGGUUUGGGUUUAGGUAAAUCUGACUCAUGGGUACCCGCCCACAUCCAUAUAAAUUUUCUCGGUAUAUUUAAUUUUCUAAACAACUAAUCUUAUUUAUGUUUGUGGAGACAUGUCUAAUUUUUUCUUUCAAAUUGUGUAGAAUGAAGUUGAUGUUAUCGAGUGGAGAGUGAAGAAACUUAUUUGAAAGGAAGAAGCUUUCAAUUAAUCAUGUUAUUUAUAGAUAAUUUGUGAUUUGCUUCAAUUUUCUUGAGUUUUUUAGAUUGGUGUUAAACAAUUUGUAUAGUUAAUUUGUUAUUUGCUUGAAUUUUCUAGAAUGGUGUUUUAUAUAUGGAUAAUUUGUAUUGAGAUUGAUAUUUGACUUUAAUUUUGAUAGGAGCUUGUUAUUGUAAAUUUUUUACGACAAAAACUCGUGGGUACCCAACGGGUUGGAUUGGGUUUGAGUUUUUCAAAUCCAAUAGAUUUUAUCCUGAAUUUUUUUUCAUGGAUGAACCCAUAAAUUGGUUUGGCAAAACCCGACCAACCCGACCCAUUACCAUCCUAAUGAUUAGUUAUUCACUUAUUCCUAAAUCGGGGAGGACAAGGAAAAAGGAAAUUACUUAUUUAUCCCAACCUGCUCGCCUUCUUUUCUUGAAAGAUAAGUUGAGAACUGCCUGAUUCGAUUCAGGCUCACCUUCCUUCAACCUUGUGGUCUCGCCGCUAAGUUGUGUAAAGAACUUCAGUCGACUCUUCCAAGUCCAUCGAUCUGCUCCAAUUUUAAUACCCAAUCUCUCCGGUUUCUUGCGGUAAUGUCGACCGAAGUCGAUGAAGCGGGAAGGCGCCGCACGGCGGUCGCCGAGUACCGGAAGAAGCUCCUCCAGCACAAGGAACUCGAGUCUAGAGUGCGCGCAGUGAGAGAGAGUCUGCGAGGUUCAAAAAAGGAAUUUGCCAAAACUGAGGAUGACCUGAAGUCACUGCAGAGUGUUGGCCAGAUCAUCGGCGAAGUGCUUAGGCCACUUGACAAUGAACGCAUGAUAGUCAAAGCAAGCAGUGGACCAAGGUACGUGGUUGGCUGCAGGAAUAAAGUUGACAAAGAAAAACUUACUGCGGGGACUCGUGUAGUUCUCGAUAUGACUACUCUGACAAUCAUGAGGGCUCUUCCUCGUGAAGUUGAUCCAGUCGUAUAUAACAUGCUCCAUGAAGACCCAGGUAAUGUUAGCUACUCGGCUGUUGGAGGGUUGGGAGAUCAGAUACGAGAGCUCAGGGAAUCUAUAGAACUUCCCCUCAUGAAUCCUGAACUCUUCUUGAGAGUUGGUAUCAAGCCUCCAAAGGGUGUUCUUCUUUAUGGACCUCCUGGAACUGGAAAGACAUUGUUGGCCAGGGCAAUUGCUAGCAACAUCGAUGCCAACUUCUUGAAGGUUGUAUCUAGUGCAAUCAUUGACAAGUACAUUGGGGAAAGUGCAAGGUUGAUUCGAGAGAUGUUUGGCUAUGCUCGUGAUCAUCAGCCAUGCAUCAUAUUUAUGGAUGAGAUCGAUGCCAUUGGUGGACGUCGUUUCAGUGAGGGAACAAGUGCUGACCGUGAAAUUCAAAGAACCCUUAUGGAGUUGCUUAAUCAGUUAGAUGGGUUCGACCAACUGGGGAAGGUUAAAAUGAUCAUGGCCACCAACAGGCCAGAUGUUUUGGACCCUGCUCUUCUUCGCCCAGGCCGUCUAGACAGGAAGAUUGAGAUUCCAUUGCCCAAUGAGCAGUCAAGGAUGGAAAUUCUGAAAAUCCAUGCUGCUGGCAUUGCCAAGCAUGGUGAAAUCGACUAUGAAGCCGUCGUGAAACUAGCUGAGGGUUUCAAUGGUGCUGAUCUUCGUAACGUAUGUACUGAAGCUGGGAUGUCUGCAAUCCGUGCAGAACGUGAUUAUGUCAUCCAUGAAGAUUUCAUGAAGGCUGUGAGGAAGUUGAAUGAAGCCAAGAAACUUGAAUCAAGUUCUCACUACAAUGCUGAUUUUGGAAAGGACUAAUCAAAUUCAAAGAACAGCCUGCUGGUUUCCUAGUUUCCUUUUUCUUCUCUGUACUCAAUUGUGUUAAAGCUGCGGGGAAGAAGACAGCCAAAUCUUCUUGCAGUUGGUGUACUAUCAGCUGUUUGUUGAUUGAAUCAUUUACGUUCUAAAGAUCAGCCAAAUCCUCUGCAACUUCACAGCUCUUUUUCUGGAUGUGCGACUUUGAUACCACACUGGAUGGUUGUGGGUCUAAACGGCUGAGUUAGAGAUUGUUAUAAUGUAUGGUUUUGUUUCACGCUAUUAUCCGAUGUCGUUUUAGGA